AUGAAAAUUCUUGAGAAGUUUGGAAUGAGAGACUGCAAGUCAGUGGCAAUUCCAUUAGUGGUGAAUGAGAAAUUGUGUAGAGAAGAUGGAAGUGAAGCAGCAGAUGAAAAUGAAUUCAGACAGAUUGUAGGGAGUCUGCUUUAUCUGACUGCCACAAGACCAGAUGUCAUGUUUGCAUCUAGCUUGCUUGCUAGGUUUAUGCACAAUCCCUCAAAGAAACACAUGGGAACUGCUAAACGGGUGCUGAGAUACAUACAAGGCACAUUAGAUUUGGAAUUGAUGACUGGGGCUGGGAGUGAGGAUGAUAUGAGGAGCACCUCAGGAUAUGCCUUCACACUAGGCUCAGGCAUGUUCUCUUGGGCUUCCAUCAAGCAAAACACAGUUGCUUUAUCUACAGCCGAAGCUGAAUAUGUGAGUGCUGCAGAAGCAACUUCACAAGCUAAGUGGCUCAGAUUUGUGCUUGAAGAUUUUGGUGAAGAACAGGUAGAAGGGACUCCAAUUCUAUGUGACAACACCUCUGCAAUUGCAAUGGCAAGGAAUCCAGUUUCAUCACCAAAAGACAAGACACAUCAGCAGGAAAUUUCAUUUUAUAAGGGAAGCCAUUCAAGCAAAAAAAUUGAACUGGUGUACUGCAAGACAGAAGAUCAGAUAGCAGACAUUUUGACUAAGGCUCUGCCUAAGGAUCGGUUUUGUGAGGUUGAGAAGCUUGCUUGGAGUGAAAAUCAGCUAAAGGAUUAG